AUGAAAAUAUGGGCUUUUGGAAAAAUGGUUGCUUUAAUGAUUAUAUUAGCAGUGAAUUAGAAUGCGAUAAUUCUGAUAAAGAUUACAUGUUAUUUGAAAAUGAUGAUUACAGUAUUACAACUGAUAAUACAAGCGAAAUUCCAUCAAUACCUGUAACAACUAUCAAUGAUGAUAAUUGUAUUUAUGAAUUUUUAUUUGAUUACGAAGCAUUACAAAAUGCUAACGAAAAAUUAGUUUAG